UCAUUCACCAUCAACCCCUACCACUCUCGUUCUCUCUCUCUCUCUCUCUCCAAACCCAAAAAAAUCUGCUUCUCCUUCGCAAUGAGUUCGAGAUCGGAACCCUAACCCUAACCCUAGAGCCCCAAUUCGAAACUAUGUCUCUUCGGAAAGCCUUUCUCUCCCGGAAAUUCUCCAAAUCGUUCAGGGAAUUGUUCCGCGACGAGGAUCAGGCGCGUGGGGGGGACGGCCGAGUCUCCCGAGACUCGGCCGAGUUGGACCGCGUUGCGGACUGUCCCGACUCGUCGUCGUCUUCGUGGUCGGCUAUGCUCCCGGAGCUCCUUGGCGAGAUCAUACGGAGAGUGGAGUCUAGCGAGGACAAAUGGCCUCACCGCCAAAACGUGGUCGCUUGUGCCUGUGUCUGCAAGCGGUGGAGGGAUAUCACCAAGGAGAUCGCGCGGUCGCCGUCGUACAGUGGAAAAAUCACCUUCCCUUCGUGCCUUAAACAGCCAGGGCCACGCGAUUUUACCCACCAAUGUCUAAUAAAACGAAACAAGAAGACCUCAACGUUUUACCUUUAUCUAGCACUUACCCAAUCAUUCACCGAUAAGGGAAAGUUUCUUUUAGCUGCACGGAGAUAUAGGCAUGGCUCACACAACGAGUAUAUAAUAUCACUUGAUGCUGAUGACAUAUCCCAAGGAAGCAAUGCUUAUGUGGGCAAAUUAAGCUCGGAUUUUCUGGGCACCAAUUUUACAAUCUAUGAUAGCCAGCCACCGCAUAGUGGUGCAAAGCCUGCAAGCAGUAGGUCUACCCGUCGUUUUGCAAGCAAGCAAAUAAGCCCCCAAGUUCCGGCAGGCAACUUUGAAGUUGGGCAGGUCUCUUACAAAUUCAACCUUCUAAAAUCAAGAGGUCCAAGAAGGAUGAUUUGCCCUCUUAAUUGCCCACCAUCAGAUGAAACUGCCAUUGAAAAACCCAUGGACAAAUGUAAGUUGAAGAAAACAGCUUCUACCAGUUAUGGCUACACCGUCUUGAGGAACAAAGCUCCAAGAUGGCAUGAUCAGUUGCAGUGCUGGUGUUUGAAUUUCCAUGGUCGGGUCACAGUGGCAUCAGUAAAGAACUUUCAACUCGUGGCAACUGGGGACCCAAGCCAGCCAGGAGGGAAAGGAGACGAAGAAACGGUUCUUCAGUUCGGGAAAGUGGGUGAUGAUACAUUUACCAUGGAUUAUAGGCAGCCCUUGUCAGCCUUCCAGGCAUUUGCUAUUUGCCUUACCAGCUUUGGCACCAAACUGGCUUGUGAGUAAAGGUUAUUUCUUUUGUAUUGAUUUUUUCUCUCUUAAUGUUAUAUUUAAAGAGCUGGUGCCGGUGCCGGUGGAGAUUUCCUUAUGUUCUCCACUCUACAUAAGAAAUUUCAACGGUUCAGUUUCGGUUGGACGAUGCUUAUUAUGUAAAUAUUGCUUUUGUAUGAUUUUGUCAUGGGCUGCUGUUGAAAUCA